ACCCGUCAAAAAGUUCAGAAAGACUGCUUUCAUAUGCUGUUGGAUACAGUGAACAGAAAUAAUCCGCCACUUGGCAGAAGUAGAAGACCGAAUGAUUCCAACUUUUCAAAAAAAUCCUAAAAUGGACAACCUCCUCGACAGGUGCCACAUUCUCCCAAAUCAAGAUAAUGAAAUGCUUUCAAAACGCCGUAAACUGACCCAAUUGAGAACACCCCCCCUUCAAUUCCCGAGCCCUUACUCUGCCCCUCACAAUGCCUGGAAAGUGUUCAACAUGAAACGAGAUCUGGCAGCCCUUCACAUCAAGUUAUACCAUACAACAGCUGCCUUCACCCACUUUCAAAGACAGAAGAAGCGCAUUGAGAAUGUUCUUGAAGAGCAAACUAGGAGCCUAGAAAUAGAGAUGGAGAUGAACAGAGAGAUGAUUAAGCAAAUGGAAGUACAUCUCGCUGCAGAAAUCCGGUGUUAUCAGCAUGCACAUCAGCCUCCGGUGACUUCUGAGCUCGAAGGAUCGCAACAAAAGACAAAAAUGGAAGAUAACGUCAUAGAUCUAUCCACCAAAAACACUGGAAUGAUCCCCUCAAGCUUCCAGGACUCGUCGAUAUGUCUCAGGGCCCGUGGAGAGGACUUAAAGGUUUCCGAUGGGCUAGACAUUGCUGAGGAGGGAGUGAAGGGCAACCUGGAACACAUGUUGGGGAAGGAUUGGCUAUCGGAAUCCCUUCAUCAGCUCCAGAACGUUCCAUUCAAUCGAGGUCUACAACCUCAGGAAUUUAAUUUGGAGAGAAUUCCCUCGAGAGGAGGCCAAAUCCUACCUCAAUCUGAUCAUCUGGUGGAGACGGUGUAUGGAAAGAACGAAGAAUCAUUGGCAGAACUUCAGGGGGAUGAGUCGAGGGAGAGUGGUACGUGCUCAGCAGCAUGGACUGGCAGGACAUCUUGUUUACAUCAGUCAGGGGGCUUCUUCAAGCAAGUUGAUGAUCCAAACGAGCGAAAUGAAAUAAUCCGAAGGCACAAAGAACUGAACAAGAGGGAAGCGGAGGAAAGGAGACGAAGAGGAAUCACCGUAGGUGGCCAAUACAUUCUGCCUUCAGACGACAGAUUCUUCAAUAUUAAUUGGGAAGCAUAUUACACACACCGCAAUAGUCAUGAGAACUACUGCAACAUAUGUCUGGAGAUGAAGAAUAGCAAAGUGAAGAUGCAGGACCACAUAUGGAUCCAACAUUGCGGUGGACGAUUCAAGUGUCCUUGGUGUCUUGAUUCUUCGUAUCAGUGGAGGGACCGUGUGGCUAGACAUGUAAGGGCAAAACAUGCUGAUUUGCUCCCACCAAAGAAAUAGAAGAGUGAGAGAUGGAUAGAUUGUUUUCUGUCUUAUGUUAUAGGAGCAAAAGAAUAUUAAUUUCGAUUGAUAUUUUGUUAUUCUGACAAAAGUCUGAAUAUUGCCUCGUGAAACAUUUUAAUUAUUAUAAGGACAUAAGGAUAUUAUAAGUAAAUAUCCAUGGCGCAGUUCUGUAUGCUGAAGAUUGAGUUCACAAUGCUCAAGGACGAUCUUAUUGCUAUGUCUGGUUUUAUCCUUUGUGUUUUUAUUGCUCCAUGUGAUUCAACUAAUUAACAUAGUGAAUUGUGCUGGUCACACUAUUUUUUUGACUGAACUGAACUUAAAUCAUCGAAAUACGUAUGACAAUAGUUCAUAGAACAAUCUAGCGAAUUCGGUAAACAAUUCUAUUGGAUUUCUAUUGCAACUUUUUAUUAGUUCUUGGGCGAUCUGUUGAAAUGCUCAAUAGAAAAUAUUCUGUAGAAAGAGUCUAUAGAAUUUGAUUUUUCUAUACAACAUAUUCUAUUGAGAUGCUUUCUAUUAAAUGUCCUCGGCUCAAACUUUCCAAGUUUUCUCAUUUGAUUUCAUUGAUGAAAAUAAAAGAAAGAUAG